UGUUUGAAACGAAACAAAUAUUAUAUUGUAAUUUUCAAUUGAUGGAACAAAUUUAAUCAGCCAGAGUUUUUUUUGAUUAAUUAACAGGUUUUUAUUAAUUGAACAAGUAAACAAUGAUUAGGGAUGAAAAGAAUUUUUGCUACUCUACAGAACCAACAUAAGUCGUCGAUUUAAAAAGUCAUUUGUGACAGUGAACUCUUCGAGAUGUAUUUCUUUUGAUACACAAAUUUUUUAUUUGCGUCAGUUUAUUUCGCGUUUCCAUUUCCAGCUAUCGAUCUGGAAAGUUUCCGCUUCGAAACCAAUGGAACGCUUGCGCAUCAGGUUCAACAGCGUUUAUAUUUACCCGAUUAUCAUCAGAAGGAAAAAAUUCUAACAACCCCGAGGAACACUCGCCGCAAGUGUACUUUCUAUCACUCUCUUUCUCUCUCUUUCUCUCACCCUCAAAAAAUAAAAUAUACAUUUAUAGAAAAUUAAAGAAAUUCCCAUUUAUAAUUCACAAUAAGAAGAAGAAGAAGAAAAGGGAAAAAAAGGAAAAGUGAAAAUAGAAGACGAACAAAAAAAAAACAAGAAAUUCUUCCGCAACGAGUUAAAUACUUGUUUGUGUGUGUGAGAGUGAGAGUGUAUUUUCUCUGUUAUAAUUUUCACUUCAAAUAAAGAAAGGAGAAAGGAAAAAGAAGAAGAAAGAAAAAAUAUUCCUGUGGCUUAUUUGCCUAUAGGAAAUAGUUAAUUAUAUAUAUAUAUAUAUAGAGGAGAAAUAAAUUUUACUGUCGAAGGCCAUUGCGAGCUAGAGCCAAUAAAACGACGAAAGAGGGUUGACAAUCAUCUGGGAAGGGGCGAAGGACAUCGAGGAAACAGAGAGGGCAGUUCUAAAGUGAAAAAAGCCAAAGUACCAAAGAAAGAAUCUCCAAUGUAUCCCGGUUCUUGUGCCGGAAUUCGAUCAACAGUGAUAUGUCGUUGCCUCGUGAAUGGAGUUUUCAAAACUCGUGUCGAUCGGUUAAUGAUAAUCGAGGACCGGCCGCGACCGCGUCUCAGGAGAUUGUCGGUCCGACCGCCAUGGACGAGAAUAUGAACCAACAUAAUCAACUCGGCUCAUUAUUCUCAAUUCAUUCGGCACCAGUUUAUGAAUUAAAUUCAUCGGCGGGCAUUGGCGGUACAUCAUCAUUAUUAUUAUCACCGACAACAACAAAAAGGCCGGCAUCAUUAGUUGUUCAAGUGCAGGCAAAUUCAACGUCAAUUGUACCGCCACCGACGCGCUUAAGUCCACCGGAAACAAUCGACGAUGAUGACAAUGACAAUCUUUUAACAAUAUCAAGUCUCACUGCACGUCCAUUAAUUGCCAAAUCGCGUGAAUUGCGCUCAACAAAACAAUGUUCCAUUAAUCAGAAGAAAUGGCGAAAGAUGAAGAAGAAGAAGAAAAAGAAGAAAGACGACGAAUGUUCGGUGGGGAAAAUUAAAAAUCCUAAUUUUGUACCAUUGGACGGUGGUUAUGGAUGGGUGGUGGUUUUUGGAGCAUUUUUCGUUCAAUUUUGGGUCGCUGGAUUGGUCAAGUCCUAUGGUGUUCUCUAUCUCGAGGUGAUGGAAACAUUUAAGGAUUCAUCGGCGACCUACGCCUCAUGGAUACCGGCAAUUUUGUCCUGUCUUUGUCUCGCAUUAGCACCAGUGACAAGCAUGUUGUGCCAAAAAUACAGUUGCCGUGCUGUGGUUUUUGUCGGUGGGCUUUUCUGCGCUCUUGGACUCACCAUCAGCUACUUUGCCACUCGAUUAAUUCAUCUAUUUUUCACAUUUGGUGUUCUUACAGGAAUUGGCGGUGGUUUAUCAACAACUCCAGGAAUUAUUUUAGUAUCGCAAUAUUUCGACAAGCAUCGCGCCCUUGCCAAUGGAAUUUGUGUCUCAGGCACUGCAGCCGGUAGUUUUGUUCUCCCACUUAUGAUUAAAACAUUAAUAACAAAUUUUGGCUUUCAUGGGACAAUAUUAUUACUAGGCGGUUGUAUGCUACACGUUUGCGUUAGUGCAACUUUAUAUCGGCCAUUGGAAAAUAAUUACGUUGAACAACCGUCAAUUGUUAUUGUUAAUAAUAAUGAAGAAGAACAACAACAACAGCAGCAGCAACAGCAUCAGCAACACGAAGAAAUAAAUGAAAAUAAAAUUGACGAUAUUAUUGAUAUUCUACCAAGAACAAAGCAGCAACAAAAAUUUGAUCUUUUAUUUGCAAAAAAUGAUACGACGACAAAAAAUAAUCUUUUAAAUGAACUUUUCCAUCAUAAUAAUACUGUCACAUUGGAUUUAACUGACAGUGAAGAGGAGAAGGAUAUAAUGGGCGAGGGAUUACGUUUAAAGCCAUUGCCAAAAAUUCGUAGUUCAAGUAUUUUACAUAGCGUUGAGGAUCUUUCGACUGAUUCGACUUGUGUUUAUAAGGCGAGAUCUUCUCUAAGAUCAUUGAGAUCGUCAGUGACUGCUGUUUGUCCGCAAGCGGUGCAAAUUGAAAAUUUAAUGGAAGAAAAAGAAGUGAAAAAAUCAUUGGCACAAAGAAUAGCGCAAUAUCUUGAUUUGAGUUUCUUAAAGAAUUUUGAAUUUAUAAUGAUGUGUCUGUCGGUAAUGUUAAUGUCGACCGGAAGUCCUUAUAUGCUCUACUAUCUUCCGGCGUAUGUUCACGCGAAAGGUUACACGAAAUCGGAAGCUGGUUAUCUCGUUGCAAUUUCCGCUACACUCGAUCUUUGCGGAAGACUGGGACUUGGAUGGCUCUCGGAUUUGCAACUCUUUGAUAGACGAAAGGGUUACAUUGGAAGUAUUGUAGGCGCUGGAGUGGCAGUUUUAGCGAUUCCAAUGGCCCAUUCGUUUUACGUUUUAGCGUGUUCCGUUGGGAUGUAUGGACUUUGUUUGGGUUGUUGGUUUCUAUUGGUUCCGGUUCUUCUCGCUGAUCAAUAUGGCACUGAUAAAAUAUCAUCCACCUAUGGACUCGUUAGAAUGUUUCAGAGUGUCGCUGCAAUUUCCAUGCCACCACUCGCAG